GUAAAAAUACGAAGAAGAAGUUAAAAUGGAAGAAUCUCGAUGAGCCUGAAUCAAAGACUCCUGAGGAAUCCCAAGAUCAUCCUUUCCUGAAAAUAUUCUCUAAGAACAUGGAUGCUAUUAUAAGGAAAGAUUCUGUAUUCUCAGCAAACAAUAAACCUGACCCAGCACUUUUUACAGGCAAUCCACUCCACUACCAACACAACCCAAAUAAAAGGUUAGAACAUCCAUUGGCGGAUUCGAAGACAAUUUUCUGUUAUACAGAUGAAAAAGGUGUUACAUAUUUCUCCCCAUCUCAGCAGGAUGGCAGGGAGUUCAAAUCCUUCAAAUAUGUUGAGGAGAUUCAGCAUAAUGGUACCAUUUACUACAAAUAUCUGGAUGAAGGGGAGAAAGAAGACACCGGGGAUAUUCAUGAAAUUAAUGUUCAAGAUUCUCUUCCUCAACCUAUCCACACAAAGCUACCUCCUUCAUUUAUAAAAGUACAGAAUGGUUCAGACAGCAAUGAAUGCAGAAAUCAUCCUCCAACAGUAACACCCCAUAACUGCUGUGAACCAUCAAAGCACCCUCCUUCAACCUAUUCCACCAACUUUAGUAGUCCAAGUCCAGUGUAUUCCAUGCAUCAACCAAUGAUACAACAAUUACCCCCUACAUAUGUUGGUUCCACCAAUCAGCAGAUUACAGGAUCUAACCCUCCUCCAAUUUCUCUGUAUCCUGGUGUCUCAGAACAAUUAAACUAUGGUUCUCUAGUCAGUAUGCCUCCUCCCCAAACUAUGCCAAUGCAUCCACAGCAGGCAUAUAUUCAACAUCCCCCAACCACCAAGUUUCAACUCUCUAAUUCCACCAUAAUACCUAAACAAGCUCCAACGGUGCCAAUGCCAUUGGGUAAUCAGUCAACUGUCAUCCACACAUAUAAUCCACAUGUUGACCCUAAAUUUAUCAAUGCUCCUCCAUCUUCUUGUUUACAAUACAAUACAAAUAGUUUUGUUUCCUUGCCUGUUCAACAAACAGCUCCUAUCCAAGGAACAACAGAUUUUCAUGUGCAAUAUGUUCCAUUUUAUUUUUACUACCCAGUUCCUGUUCCAUGUGCCUCAAAAACUGCAUUUACACCAACCUCCACAUGCUCAGUAGAGCCAGUUCAAGAACCGGUUAGAGAACAAAGUUUACAACCAGCUGUUGAGUCAGAGAUAUCAUUAGAAGGUGCUGAAUCUGAACAAAUUCUAGAUGAUAUGGAGGCUUGUGAGGCAGGAUCUUUGAAUGAUAAUGAGGAGCUUACUGAUCUCUUGCACCUGUGUGGUAAAAGCCCCAACCUGAAAUCCCAGGUGUCCAGCUCGAGCUGUGAUUCAUGUAUUUCUUCUGAUCUUAAACAUGUUAAAAGAAAGAGAAGGAAAAGAAAAGAGGUUGAGGAGAAAAGGCAGGAUUAUGAUGAUGAUUCUGGUUAUUUAAAUGGAACUGAGUCUUCAGAUCAAGAGAAUGUGGAUAGUGGUUUACAAAUACUAGAUGCAAUAAAUGAAACCCAACAGGAAAGUAUCAUUGACACUAAUUAUGAGAAGUCUGGAGAUGACUCAGAAGUUGAAGCACUAAUUACUGACAAAAUGAUUGAGGAUUUAGAAAACCCUGCCAAUCUUGCCCAGAUCUCAUUUGGAGAUGUAGAAAUGGAAAACAUUCUUGCCAACAAUACUUGCCAACAGAAAACUCAAAAUGAAGAAUCACAAGUAUCCCCCUCUUUUGAUAAAGUAACUAAAAAUGUAAGUUCUAUGAGUAGUUCUGUAGAGUUGCCCAAUCUGUCAGAAUCAAUGACCAAUUUUGAACAAAUAAGUAAUCCUUUGCCUCACAUAUUGGAUCCCUUGGAAAAAUCCAGAAAUGAGAUAAAUUCAACAAAUACACCAUCAGUUCAGGAAACCUGCACAAUUCAAGAGGAAAAUGCACCAAGCAUAAAAGAAAAUCUUCAACCACUCCCAAAUCUUGAGAAAAUUGAAGACUCAUGUUGUUCUGGCACAGGUGAAGAUUCUAUUGUUGAAAAUAUGUCAUGUAAAAAUAUUAUUGUAAAAGAAGUUGAUGAGCUCCCAGUUCUUAAAUCUAAAGAAGAAGCGCAAACUAAACACCAAGUAGGUGAAACUGUGAUAGAAAAUGAAGAUUUCGAGCUUAAUGUAGUAGACUACCCCUCUGAGCUUAAUCCUGAAAUAAGAAGUUAUCUUCAUGUAACAAAAACUAACUUAAAAACGGCAAAAAUAGCUAAUACUGUAAAAGACAAGGAGAAUCAAGAGGAUUAUGUGGAAGUCCAAGAAAAGAAAGUAGAGAAUGAAGAAAUCAAACAGGAACGGAACCAUAUGCAGGAGCAGAUCAAAGAGGGUAAAGAAAAAGGACUGAAUGAACAAAAAUGGGAAAGAGCUGAUGAAGAUUGUUUAGAGCUGAGUGCUCCAGAUAUUGCUAGAUUAGACCUUGAAGAAGAAUGGGUGGAGGUUCCUGUCUCAAGGAGAAAAAAUCACAAUACUCAGCCACAGAAUGUCUUGCAAGAAGAAGUGCCAGAAAAGAAGAAUUCCAAAAACAAGACUAAAAAGAAGAAAUCUAAACAAGCAACUGUGCAGGGUAUGCUUGACAAAGAAAAGAUGGAGAAAGAGGAAAAAACAAGAUUUCUAGCCUUUAAAGAAUCCUUUCUUAAGGAGAAAUCAGUUGAAAUCAUCCAACUGGGAUUAGAACAGACAACUGAGAGAGAGGAGGAGGUAGAGUUAAACAUGGAAAAUGAAAACAAGAAUCAGAAACAUACAGAAAAAAGUUUGAUAGAAAAAGAAAAGGAGGCCAUUGUAAAACCAAGAGAGGAGAAGAAGAGAAAAAAGAAGAAAAAAGUUGUGAUCGAGAUAGAACAGGAGCUGGAGAGCAUAGAAAAUAAGAUGGAGAUUAUUAAAACAAAGACAGAUGAGGCAAAGAAGAAGGUGGAGAUGGACAAGGAGAAGACAGAAAAGAUUGAAAAGAAGCAACAGCAGACUGAAAAGAAGAUGGAGAAGAUUAUAAAGAAGACGGAGAAGGUUGUAAAGGACAUUGAGAAGGUUGAAAAUUUGAGCAAGGAUGAUGUUGUCUUCUCUGAACCAAUGAUUCUCUCCACUGGCGAGUCAAAUUUAGUCUACUAUCCAUUCAGAACAAACAUGAUGACAUGUAUGAAUCUGGGGAUAAACAUAAUAAACAAUGAGCUUAUUCCUGCCCUCCCAGUUCAAACCUUUGAGGAACAGUAUGUCAGAGUACAUCUUAAACUCAAGGAUGUUCAUUCCGUCAGACGAGGAAGUGAAAGAAAUGUUAUUUUGAUCCGAGAUCAACAAAUCAGUUCUAGGAACAAGGAAAAAACAAGGAGAAAGAUCUCUAACAGACAAACUGAUAUUGUUCCUGGACCUAUGAUUCACUUUAAAUCCAGAGGUAUAGGUGGAGGUGUUCUUGGUAUGAAAAAAAGCCUUGUUCCUCCCUCUUCCCUAGUAAAUAGAUUAUCUAUAUUCUAACUCAAGAUAUCUAAAA